AGAAUUAAUACACAUACUGCGAUUAAUGGCUACCAACCUAACAAAACCAAAACGAAUACAGUUUUAAACUAAGUGCAUUGCUGCCAACUUACAAAAUAUUCAUUUGGUUGCAUAGUAAAAAUAAUUACUUCAUAAGUCAGAAACACGCACGUGACACCCGUAAUAUAGCAACACCCAUAGACUACGAAGACCGCUUAGCGUUGCUUGUUAGUCUCCGUAGGCUACGGUGGCCAAAAUUGAGAAAAAACUGUCCAAAAAUUUAAUUUAGCAAGUAGCAAGUACCAGGGCCUCAUGAGUUACGAGGUGUCGCUGACCGGCCGGCCGCAGCCCGGCGCGGGCCGGGCGCGUAACAAGGUAUGCUCGCGCGUCUUGGCUAUAUACUUUUGCUGUAAUUUGUUUACCUAAAUUAAGAUUUAUUUUUGUUGACUCGUAGGAAAAAUAUUGUAUGCAACGUUGUAUAAAAUACUAUUUAGAUAUGGUCUAACAUAAUGAAUAAACAAAAACAGCAUUCCUCCAGAUCCACAGCGCAGGCAUCGUCAUCUUACAGAAAGCUCAUCCACCUUAGGUUUCGUCAAAAUAAAACAUGCAUUUACACAUAUGUCAUCUGCAACACGCAUUAUCAAAUUUUAAAGCAAAUAAGUGAUUAUAAAAAAAACAUAAUAAAGGAAAAACCUGUAUCCUAAUCCUGUACGUACCCGACACAAACGUCCCCAAAAUACCGGCAGCGUUCCCGCGUUGAAUAGCCAACGAUAUACGUUGGACCAGGUGCGAACCAGACCUACACACAUGACAGCCAUGCUAGAAUGAGGUAGAAUAAAAUGAUGUAUGAUAUUCGCCGAUUCGUUCUGUCUGCUACGAAAAAAGAGAAUGAUCGUAGACAUACUUACUAAUUAUCUACUUUUCGAUUGGUGAUUACGAUUAACGCUUGAUUGUGUUAUGCUGCUGCUCAGUUGGCUACGCCUCCAGAAGAUUAGUGGAAAAGUGUAACGCAGAACCCUAAUCGCUUCGACGUAAGUAUGAUUUACGCUUAGAAGUACUUGUUUUUCCCGAUGCGUGAAUAGUCGUACUUAUGAUGUAUAAGUAGGUACAGCACUUCGUAGCGAUGCAUUUUGCUAUACUUUGCUUAAUUACAAUACCAGCUACUAUGCAAGCCGGUCCCCUCCCCAAACUACGCUACCGUCCCCCCAGAUGGAACAGACUGCGCCCCAUCAAAAUACUACAAACAUCAAAAGAGGCGUUCCAUAUCCCGGAGUCCAGAAGGUUCGACACCCUCUUACACUUUGAAAAGCCAGAUUUAAACAGUAGAAAAUCAUUUGAUGACGAACCAGAUAUGAAUGAAGAUGGCACAAUUAAUAACAUUGGGAUGGGACAAUUUACGCGGAAAAACGGAGCGCUUAAAGAAAAUCACCGCCCGCGUCGGGAAGUCAGCAAGGAGACAGAGCGCAUGCGAGCAGUCAUCUCCGCAGGACUUUUGAUGGAGACGGUACUACUAUCUACCAUACUUGUAAAUCGAACAAGCGAACUCCGACCUAAAUUGAGUGAGUGAUCCGUUACGCAGAAAGUUUUUUGGACAAUCCUUGUAGAUUGAAACAUGUCGAGCAAAAUUACGUGACUUACAUAGUGUUUUUUCAACCCUUAGCAAUAUUUCGCGAGGUGAAUAAAUAGGUCAUACUAAGGAACUUUUACUAUGAGAUCAACCCUGGCGGAGCCAUGGUCAGGUGGAGCUGAGUGGACUGUAGGUAUUUAUAGUUAAAAGAUGUACUAGGGAAAAUAAAGAUUUAUUCCAGCUGAAAUAAUGGGAGCACGUUACAUUUCGAAGGUAUUAUGAAGAGUGUUUCUAUAGUAACAAAAAUCAAUAAUGUCAUAGUUUUUAAAUAAAGAACAUUUAGUUUA